AUGAAUAUACACGAUCCAAUUCAACCUACUAAAAUUAUAUACAUUCUCAUUCGACCUAUUGAUGAUGUUUUANUUUAUAGCCUUUCCCUUCACUGUAAAUAUUCUUGGAGUUAUGUUUUCUUCUGGAAUUUCAUUAGAUCCACAUUUGCGAAUGUUGAUGAAUUGAAUCAGAAGCUUCUGUUUACCACUCUUGAGCUUGAGAAGUUAAAAGCAGAAACAAGUGAGGAAAUGGUAAAGAAUAAGGAAUAUGUGAAGCAGUUAAUUCAACUUCUAAAAAUUGCUAUCCAAGAAAGAGAUGAAGCCAGAAUUCAUCUGCAGAAUUACCUCAACAGGUCUCUGCCUUUAACUUCUCCCAAGGAGAAUUUAGCCGUGCUCCCUCACUUUCAGGCCGACAGCUCGCUUUUAAAACCUGGCAAAGCGAAUUCGAGUGUCACUGAGUCCAACAGUCUGUCUGAGACGUACAAUUCGUCUCCCAUCGAUUCCCUUUUCGACGCUGUCACGUCCCCAGAACUCUCGAACAUUAACUUGGUUGUGAAUCAGCCUUUGUUUCAGGACUGCAAUGUGGCUAAUAUCCCUGUUUCGACCAAUCAGGCAAAGCCAUGUGCUCCUGGAAUUGAUCGGGCCUCAAUGAUUAUAGACAACCUUGUCGUGGGACGAGCCCUGCCUCAGAAAGGGAAACUCCUGCAGGCUGUCGUUGAAUCAGGGCCGCUUCUUCAGACACUGCUUGUGGCUGGAUCGCUUCCUAGGUGGCGUAAUCCUCCUCGACUUCAACCUUUUCAAAUUCCACCCGUGUCGAUCAAAGGCCCUGAAACCCAGGUUUUUGCUCAGAAACCGGAAUCAAAUUUAAACCAACUUGUUUCUUCCAGGGGAAUGAAUUCACAACCUUAUGCUAUGAGGGCCUGUGGAUCUUCCCAAAUUCUUUCACCACCUAUGUUAAAUUUUGGUGGUAUGGCUUCUGGAUCAUGUCUGGGCAGUGCAGGUACGGCUGCUAACAGUUCUGUCCCUCUGGUCAAGAGACAAAAACUGUACUGAAAAUUCAUUCGAGUCAAUCCUUCCAAUUUUUUGUAUAAAUAGGGAGCAGGAGAUGGUGGUGUAAAUGGCAGCAUUGAUUUCUAGUUUUGGGAAAUUGUUUCUUGAUUGUCAUUCGAAUUCCUUCGAAUACUAAUUCUCUGUUUUAAUCAAUGAGAUUAAUCUUAUUAUUAGUUAUUACAUAAAUC